AAUUCGAGAGCAAAGCAGCGGAGAAACUUCAUUCUCGCUUCUCAGUGGGGACCGGAGGAGUUACCGUGAGCAGGCACCGGGCGCUCUCUGCUCCUCCACGCACGCUGAGCUUGACGCAGGUUCUCCGGCACCAUGAGCGGUGUUUGCCACCACCUCAGACUCCUGCUCCUGGCUGAAGCGGUGCUGUGUGCUGCCGCCAUACGGUUUCAAGAUGUGCUGAGCAGUGGAACGACUUCUCCCAUCACAUCCUACAAGAAGCUACAAGGCUGGUCUAGUGAUCAAAGUACAUGGAAUGAAAAGCUUUAUCCUUUUUGGGAAGAAGGAGAUCCCAGAUGGAAGGACUCCUGGAAAGGUGGAAGGGUGACAGCCAAACUGGACACUGACAGUCCAGCACUGAUAGGAUCCAAUGUGACCUUUGUUGUGACUCUCAAGUUUCCCAAGUGCCAGACAGAAGAUAAUGAUGGCAACAUAAUAUACGAGAGGAACUGCACCCAGGAUCCUCCAGCUUCCCAGGAUCAGCAAGCCUAUGUCUACAACUGGACUGAAUGGAUUGAUGACUGUGGCUGGGAAAACUGCACAAGCAACCACAGCCAUAAUGUAUUCCCAGAUGGGAGACCCUUCCCUCAUUUUCCUGGCUGGAGGAGGAGGAACUUUGUCUAUGUGUUUCACACAUUUGGUCAGUACUACCAAAAAAUUGGACGAUGUUCAGCAACAUUUUCAGUCAACACAGCAAAUAUCAGUCUUGGCGAACACGUGAUGACAGUACAAAUUUACAGAAGAGGGCACUCAGCGUAUGUUCCAAUUGCAAGAGCAAGUGCCGUUUACCUUGUAACAGACAAAAUUCCACUCUCUGUGAGUAUGUUCCAAAAACAUGACCGCAACAUUUCGGACUCCAUUUUUAUCAAAGACUCACCAAUCACAUUUGAGGUGAAGAUCCAUGACCCCAGCUACUAUCUUAAUAAUUCUGCCAUCUCCUACAAGUGGAACUUCGGAGAUGGAAGUGGCUUAUUUGUAGCCACUGGUUCCACUACAUCUCACACCUAUACUCUGCAAGGAAACUUCACUCUGAAUUUAACUGUCCAAGCCAUUAUACCUGUACCUUGCAAACCAGUUACACCUACUGCACCACCACCCACCUCAGCAGAACUUGUUCUUUCUCCCUCAACAGUAACAACUGGAGAAUCUUCUAAUUCAGACUCUCCUAUCACUGUCGAGACAAUGGAAGAUAAUCCUGAUGGAGGUUGCCAUAUUUACAGAAAUGGAUAUGAUAUUACUGGUAUCUCUGUUGUAGAGGGAAUCCUUGAGGUAAAUAUUAUUCAGAUGACAAGCAUCCAGACGACAGAAAGUCAAGCUGAAAACUCACUGGUUGACUUUGUUGUUACCUGCCAAGGGAGUCUCCCCACAGAUGUCUGCACAGUAGUUUCUGACCCCACGUGCCAGGUGUCCAAGAGUGUGGUAUGCGACCCCGUCACUGUCACCGAUGAAUGCUUACUCACCAUAAGGAGAGCUUUUGAAGAACCUGGAACAUACUGUGUAAACAUCACCUUGGGGGAUGACACAAGUCAAGCCCUUGCCAGUGCACUGAUUUCAGUAAACGGAGGAUCACCAUCAGGAACAACAGAAGGUGUCUUUAUCUUCCUUGGUUUGUUGGCAGCGUUUGCCGCCAUUGGGGCAUUCGUACUUUACAAGAGAUACAAGCAGUACAAGCCUAUUGAGAGAAGUGCGGGACAAGCAGGGAACCAGGAGGGACGCACUGCUUACUUCAGCAACUUCAAAGCCAUUUUCUUCCCUAGUAGCACUGAGAGAAAUCCUCUGCUGAAAAGCAAACCAGGCAUUGUUUAAACUUUUAGUUCAACACUGGCUAUUAGAUUAUGUACAGGACUCACAUGUGAACUGUACUUUGAUGGGGGUUUCUUCUUGUUAUAAAAAAACAGGGGGUAAGGUGAAAGCACAUAUAGAUGGGAUAGUAACUUCUGGGGGCUUGGUGCAAUUAGAAAUACUAAAAUAGUAGAAAACAAUGAGGUAGUUUUGAGCACUUGCUGUUCUUGCUUGUGAUCUAGGAUACACUCUUCUGAAUAACUAACACCACGCCCCCUUUUUAUCUGGGUUUUCUUAUUUCUAGGUUAACUACCUGCAAAACUUAAUCAGAUGCAUAAUCUGGAGGGGGGAAAAAAUAUUUAAAAAAAAAGACAAGCAAGAAAACAAAACCCAACAAACAAACAACUUGUAAAUAUUUAGUCUUAAAUAGACAGUCUAGUAUAGUUGCUUACUGCUUUAGCAGGAUUUAUGCCUUUUUGAGAAAAACAUUGGGGGCAGGCAUAUGUUACGUCAGCGGAAUGAAACGUGCCAUGGCCUAUGCCCAGGCAUCAGCUAGGCACUGCUGACACUGUUCCACUGUUUGGGAUGUCCUAGCACGGUCUGCCCCAAGGCAGACCACCUCUCCACCAAGCAAACUCCAGAUUCUGAGAACCACCAGAGGCACCAUACCCCACUGGGAGCUUGGCAGCAGGCACCCUGUUUUGCAGGGUAAUGCCAUUCAACAGCAUGGAUGCAGCUCAUCACAUACCCGUUGGCCUCAGGGCCAGAAAACAGGACUGGACACAUUUAGUCUCCUACUGGACAGGGCUACCAGGGCACAAGUCUCACUAUAAACUAGACCACAGACACCCGAGCAACGAGAUGAGGCCCAUCUGCUUGGCUCUGCCUGCUGAAACUCUGAGUCCCAUGUAACAUCCUCAGAGGCAAUGGCUGACACUGGCUUUGUCCCCACUGCUCUUGAGAUACUGGCCUGGCACCACCACUCCCUGCGGGCAGAAAAGUGCUCCACAGACAAGGGUCAGCAGAAUUAGGAUCAUAGCAGCAGGGGUAGCGUUCAAUUCCCUUCUUCCCCUUCUCUUUCCAUCUCUCUCUCUGCUGUGGGACAGAUACCUUAAUUUCUGAUUGCUCCUCCAUCCCACUGUCUUUGACCAGCUAAUCAAAUGAAUGAAAACCCCAAUCUGAGUAAAGCACUAUGCUUCACUUUCUGCUUUUGCAUGACGCAGCUUAGAAAGUGUAAACUUCUGCAAGAAAACUGACCAAAGUAUGCUUUAAAAGGCUCAUUUUCCAUAAGAGCCUUGCUGAUAAUAUUGAAGCUUAUAAUGAAAAAUUAAAUUAACUUUUAACAGAGGGCUGGGCAAAUGACUUUAUACAAUCCAUUUCCAAGAACUGAAUUAUUUUAAGAUCUGCACUUCAAAAUAUUUAGCUUAUUUACUGUCUUGAAACAUCUCUGAUAUAUAUUGUUCUCAGUUCCUGAUGCACUAUAUCAGCAUAAACAUAUUUUCCUGGUAUGUUAGCAGACCUGUCAAAUGCUCUUCAUUCACCAUUUGAAUGUAGUCUUCACUACCACUUCCCCAGUGUGCACGGACACCUUUAAAUGAGGAUACAAAAAAUGUAGAUUGAGACACACCUGUCAGAUCAGUUCUAUAGUUAUAAAAUUCAACAGUCUCUUUUCUUUUGUUGUCUAUUUUUUAAAUUCUUUUGUGGCCAUUUCAGUUAUAUUACUGAAAGCACCAUAUUUGCUAUUGUUCUAUCUUCUUUAUAGGUAACAUCCUAUUAUCUAACCACAACUGGACAUCUAAAACUAUCCUCCUACUUAAACGAAAACCACAUUUCCUGCAAAAAUUACUGUCAAUGUUAUGUUCUCUGUUACCAGUCAGACUGCUGACAGGAAGGAAUAUAGUUUGUAUUUGUUGCUCUAGCUUGAGGCAGGACAGAGUUUUAGUCAAAAACUUAAGAUGACUUAUAAUGCAGCACAAAAAAACAAGGUUUGUCACAGCUAUAAGGCUUAGGAUCAGUGAUGACACAGACUCCCACUGCUCUAGGUUAUAUGCAGAAAGCAUCUUGUUUCAGUAAAACGCUGCAUGUUAGGAACUCAGAGACAUCUUAGGCUUUUGCAUAGAAACCAAAUUUUGGGUGUAUUUUAAGAACUUUCUUUAUCCUUUAACCUAAGUACACAGAAUGGCUUGCACUAUCUUCCUUUAAAUAUCAUGUCAGAAUAUUAAAUUUUUAUAAUUUGAUUUUGCAUUUUCAGCUGUAACUUCCAUUUCACCCAUCUUUAGUUUUAUACAAUGGAAUCUAACUGCUGCAUUGACAAAUAAACCACCUAAAGAUUUUAAA